ACUUCCAGUAUCCAAACACCACUCUGUUCCUUUUUCACACUUCACUUUCUGCGCUUUAUUUUUUUCUUCUUCAAAUGUCGCCGACGACCGGAAACUGCAGCAAAAUCCGUCGCAUUGUUAGGGUUCGGCAAAUGCUUCUCCGGUGGCGGACGAAGGCGCGGUUGGCGGCGGAGAGAGCGCCGUCGGAUGUGCCGGCGGGACACGUGGCGGUGUGCGUGGGACCCAGCAAAAAGAGGUUCAUCGUGCGCGCGACGCACCUGAACCACCCGAUCUUCAAGAUGCUUCUGGUCCAAGCUGAGGAAGAGUAUGGGUUCUGCAACCAUGGCCCACUCGCUAUACCCUGCAAUGAGUCUCUAUUCGAAGAGCUUCUUCGGGUCAUGGCCCGACCCGAAUCCACUCUCGACGAUUUCCAGAGACGUUGCCACGUCGAUGUCAGAAGUGGCUUUGACUUUGUCGGAGACUCGCGGCCGUUGCUUCACGACGAGUUAAUCUGCUGAGUUGACUCGGUUUUAUAGAUCGCUCUUUCCUUGAAAAUAGAAUCAUCACUG